AUGACGCAACAGGAACCGGGAUUCGUCAAACCAGGCAAUGUUUUUCCACUCCUCAAUUGUCCAGUGUUGGCAAUCACGUGCCCAAUGGAACCGCUUCUUCUUGUUUUCAGCUGAUAGGAGUGGAACCCGGUGUGGUCGUCUGCUGCAAUAGCCCAUCUGUGACAAGGACCGACAAGAUGUGCAUUCCAAGAUGUCGUUCUGCACACCACUGUUGUAAUAUGCCGUUAUUUGCCUGUUUGUGACUCGUCUGGUAACUUGCACUAUUCUUGUCAUUCUCCUUCAACCUGUCAUCAACGAGCUGUUUUCGCCCACAGGACUUUCGCUGACUGGACAUUUUUUGUUUGUCACACCACUGAGUUUGGGAAACCCUGACAUAGAUGACCUCUCCUUUUCUGAGUCUCAGUCCUCUCCUGCUCCCCUUCUCUCCCCCACAGUGAGGAUGUUAAGAUGCCCAUCCAAGGCCUACUCCCUACCCUGGUCUGUCUCACCAUCUGGACCCUGUGGAGCCUGCUAAUACCUGCCCUCUGCCACCCUCACCACAGCCUCUGCAGACUGACCCAAAAGAUUGCUCUCUGUAGUGAUAGUGAGAUCUCAUCUGUGCCGAGAGACCUACCAGACAACAUAGAGGAACUCCACCUGACCCAUAACCACAUUCAGAUGUUACAAGAUGACUCCCUCUCCCGCUACAUCUCCCUUCGCACUCUAAGCUGUGCAGAAAACCGCUUGGAGACAGUGGGGUCAAAAUUCUUUCACAACUCACCUCAUCUAGAGAGCCUCAAUCUAGCUGCCAAUCAACUUCACGUUGGAUACCAGGAAACUAGCAGGGCACUGCUCACCCUGUCUAGACUCAAAGUUCUGGAUCUGUCAGAAAACCAGCUUACAAACGACAUAGCUUCGGUCCUCCUCCAGAAUAUGACGUCCCUGGAGUACCUCAACCUUUCCAGGAACCUCCUGCUGAGGCUGGAUGAAAGCUCCUUCAGCGACCUCCACCAGCUCAGAGAGCUGGACCUGCAGAGGAACAUGCUGUUUGAGAUCGUUGAUGCCUUCGACCACCUGCACAAGCUGCAGAGACUAAACCUGGCCUUCAACCACCUGGCCUGCCUGAUGGACUUCGAAAUGACCCAGCUCGUGGUGCUCAACGCAAGUCACAACAACAUUGAGUGGUUCAUAGCCAACCAGGACCUCCAGGAAACUUUCCAUCUGGAGACCCUGGAUCUCACCAACAACAACCUCCUUUUCUUCCCCUUCCUGCCCAUCCAGAGCCGCCUGAGGAACCUCCAUCUCUCCCAGAACAGGUUGAGCUUCUAUGAACACCUGGCAGACACCGCUGGCUACCCAAACUGGACCAACAGUGUCCAGUUCUUCAACCUGAGGGGCAACGUGACCAAUGUCACAGCCCAGCUGUGGGACGAGAGCCUGCACGGUGACAUCUCCUCUCUGGACCUGCUGGAUCUGAGUGGAAAUCAGGUGGGCUACUUCCCCCAAGGGUUUAUCAGCAAAAUGCCUAGCCUGGCCAGGCUCAGGAUACAGACAAACUGUCUCGAGGUUUUAAAUCUAACACUGGAAAAACUUCCAGGGACGUUGUACGAGUUGGAUGUGAGCAACAAUAGAUUGACGGAGCUCCAUGCUGACCAAGGUAGUUUAAGUGAGUUAGGAAAACUGAGCUAUCUCAACCUGAGCCAGAAUGACCUGCAGAGUCUACCUCCUAGACUGUUCUCCUCUCUUACCAGCAUCAGCUCUGUGGAUAUCAGCUUUAACAGAGUUGGCAUAUGCUCCCUUGAGGAAGGGGGUGGGAACAGGGGUGGCUGUGUUGUUUGGAGAAACAUCAGCUCUCUGAGACAGCUCCACCUAUCAGGGUGCAACCUGGGGAGACUGCCACCGUUAGCGUUCACAGGGACACCUCUAACACACCUGGAGCUGUCUAARAACCCAGAACUCAACAUUGAGCCCAUAUCGAUAGCAGGCCUCAGCAGAACUUUACACCAUCUAGGAUUGGGAAACACAGGCCUGAGAGACUUUGACUUCUCUCCUUUCCACCACCUAAAGUCUUUGAACAUUUCCAGAAACUCUCUUACUCAGCUCCCUGCUUCACUGCAACACCUUGAGCUGAGGCUGCUGGACCUGAGGGACAACAAACUGAACACUGUCCCCUCAGAUCAGGCUAACACAUUAGCCUUGAAACUACAGACUGUUUUUCUUAAUGGAAACACUUUCAACUGCUGCCAGUUGGACUGGUACAGGACGUUUGAGAGGGCGAAAACGGUCAAUAUCAUCGACCUCUUAGACAUUUCAUGUCAGGAUAUGACAAAAAAUACACACAAAGUGGUGUUUUUAAACCCUUUAAUAUGUGGUGGGAGUGAGGAGGAGUCUGUGUACUGGUACAUCCUGUUGUUUAUCGUACCUGUCCUCUGCCUGGUUGGGAUUUCUGUCAUCUUCCUGCUCACCUUCAGGCCCAGACUGCUUCCCAAGGCCAUUAAAAAUAAAUGCCGGAGGCCCACGUCAUACUGACAUUUCAGUCACCUUCCUUGUGUUGUGGAUGAAAGGUCAAAUGAUUAAGACAAUAUGGUACAUUCUGUCCAAGUGUGAUGUUUUGCACAUGGGUCGUUCCAUGUCAUUUCAGCAAGUCAUGACAUCCACCAUCUCAGAUUGUUCUGAAAUCGUUUCUGUAGUUAGA